AUGGCCUUGGCACAGACACACAUACACACAUACACACAGACUGAGCACCGCGCUGGCGACCCGCCACCCAGCAUCUUCCUUGCUGAAGAACCCAAUGUCAAUCGGGACAAUAAAGUUUCCAGUACAGCGCAAGACAAUCACAAGCGACCGCUAUCAAGCGUCGCCGUCACGGAGAUCAAGAAGGCGUGCUUGGUCACUGAAAUAUAUGUCUGGUCUGCAAUCCUAGAGCGCGUUCCGGCCGAAAUGUGUCCGACCCUGAUUGACCGACCGACCAUUCAUCGUCCUAGCUGGUAG